CCGGCGGCGGCGGGCGCACGGCGGGGACGCGGAGGCGCGGGCAGCGGCAACGGCAGCGGCGGCCGUCGGGGCGGUCGCGCCUCCGGGAGCGCCUCCCGCCGCCACCUCGGGGCCGGCCCCGCCAUGGGGCGGCCGCUGUAAGCGCGGCGGCGGCGGGGCUGCGCCUCUCGCCCCGGCCGGGGCUCCCCUCCAUUGUUCCCGGGAGCGGCGGGCACCGCGCCGCCGCCGCCCGCGGGGCUCCGCUCGGAGGGGCUGACGGCCCGGCGGAGACCCCCCCCGCGCCCGCCCGGGGCCAGCCCGGUGUCCCCAUGGAGUGGGAGUUGCGGAGCCCAGUCGCCGAGCAGUAGCCGCAGCAGUGGGAUGUUUACCUGGCGGUGCCUCAUCCUUUGGGCUGUGCUGGUCACAGCCGCGCUCUCAGCUGCCAGGCCGGCCCCGACCCUGCCCGACCAAGUUCUGCCCAAAGCAAAAAUCGAAGUGGAGUCCUACUCGGCCCACCCCGGUGACCUCCUCCAGCUGCGCUGCCGGCUGAGGGAUGACGUCCAGAGCAUCAACUGGGUGCGCGACGGCGUCCAGCUGGCCGAGAACAACCGGACGCGCAUUACCGGGGAGGAGGUAGAGGUCAGGGACGCGGUGCCCGAGGACUCAGGGCUCUAUGCCUGCAUGACCAACAGCCCCUCGGGAAGCGAGACCACCUACUUCUCCGUGAACGUCUCAGACGCGCUCCCCUCCGCGGAGGAUGAUGACGACGAAGACGAUUCCUCUUCGGAGGAGAAGGAGGCAGAUAACACCAAGCCAAACCAGGCCAUCGCUCCCUACUGGACCUAUCCCGAGAAGAUGGAGAAGAAGCUCCAUGCCGUCCCCGCCGCCAAAACGGUGAAAUUCAAGUGUCCGUCAAGUGGGACGCCCAACCCCACGCUGCGCUGGCUGAAGAACGGCAAGGAGUUCAAACCCGACCACCGCAUCGGGGGGUACAAGGUCCGCUACGCAACCUGGAGCAUCAUCAUGGAUUCGGUGGUGCCGUCCGAUAAGGGCAACUACACGUGCAUCGUGGAGAACAAAUACGGGAGCAUCAACCACACCUACCAGCUGGAUGUCGUGGAGCGGUCCCCACACCGGCCCAUCCUGCAGGCAGGGCUGCCUGCUAACAAGACGGUAGCCCUGGGCAGCAACGUGGAGUUCGUCUGCAAAGUCUACAGCGAUCCCCAGCCCCACAUCCAGUGGCUGAAGCACAUCGAGGUGAACGGCAGCAAGAUCGGCCCCGACAACCUGCCCUACGUGCAGAUCCUGAAGCACUCGGGGAUUAAUAGCUCUGAUGCGGAGGUGCUGACCCUGUAUAAUGUGACAGAGGCGGAGAGCGGGGAGUAUGUUUGUAAGGUUUCCAAUUAUAUUGGCGAGGCCAACCAGUCUGCGUGGCUCACUGUCACCAGACCUCUGGCAAAAGCUAUUGAAGACACCCCGGCCAUGAUGACGUCCCCCCUCUACCUGGAGAUCAUCAUUUACUGCACCGGGGCCUUCCUCAUCUCCUGCAUGGUGGUGACUGUCAUCAUCUACAAGAUGAAGAGCACCACCAAGAAGACGGACUUCAACAGCCAGCUGGCCGUGCACAAGCUGGCCAAGAGCAUUCCCCUGCGCAGACAGGUAACAGUGUCGGCCGACUCCAGCUCCUCCAUGAACUCGGGCGUGAUGCUGGUCCGGCCCUCGCGGCUCUCCUCCAGCGGCACCCCCAUGCUGGCCGGCGUCUCUGAGUACGAGCUCCCCGAGGACCCGCGCUGGGAAUUACCCCGGGACAGGCUGAUUCUGGGCAAGCCCCUGGGAGAAGGCUGCUUCGGGCAGGUGGUUCUGGCAGAAGCCAUCGGCCUCGACAAGGACAAGCCAAACCGCGUGACCAAGGUGGCGGUGAAGAUGCUCAAGUCCGACGCCACGGAGAAGGACUUGUCCGACCUCAUCUCUGAAAUGGAGAUGAUGAAGAUGAUCGGCAAGCACAAGAACAUCAUCAACCUGCUGGGAGCCUGCACGCAGGACGGCCCCCUCUACGUGAUCGUGGAGUACGCCAGCAAGGGCAACCUGCGGGAGUACCUGCAAGCCCGGCGGCCCCCCGGCAUGGAGUACUGCUACAACCCUACCCGCGUCCCCGAGGAGCAGCUCUCCUUCAAGGACUUGGUCUCCUGCGCCUACCAGGUGGCCCGAGGCAUGGAGUACCUGGCCUCCAAGAAGUGCAUCCACAGGGACCUGGCGGCCAGGAACGUCCUGGUGACCGAGGACAACGUGAUGAAGAUCGCCGACUUCGGUCUGGCCCGUGACAUCCACCACAUAGAUUACUACAAGAAGACAACAAACGGUCGUCUGCCGGUGAAGUGGAUGGCCCCAGAGGCUCUGUUCGACCGAAUAUACACUCACCAGAGCGACGUGUGGUCCUUCGGCGUGCUGCUGUGGGAGAUCUUCACGCUGGGCGGCUCGCCCUACCCCGGCGUGCCGGUCGAGGAGCUCUUCAAGCUGCUGAAGGAAGGUCACAGGAUGGACAAGCCCAGCAACUGCACCAACGAGCUGUACAUGAUGAUGCGGGAUUGCUGGCACGCCGUCCCCUCCCAGAGACCCACCUUCAAGCAGCUGGUGGAAGACCUGGAUAGGAUCGUGGCCAUGACCUCCAACCAGGAGUACCUGGACCUCUCCAUGCCGCUGGAUCAGUAUUCUCCCGGCUUCCCGGACACCCGCAGCUCCACCUGCUCCUCGGGAGAGGACUCUGUUUUUUCUCACGACCCUCUUCCGGACGAGCCGUGUCUUCCCAAGUUCCCCCCUCAGCACACCAACGGUGGACUGAAGCGACACUGAGGGUGGCACUGCCAGCAGGGACUGCCAUGCCAUGCCAUGCCGUGCCGUGCCACGCCGUGCCGUGCCCGUGCCCACGGGCUGCCGGCAGACGCUGCCUGCGCAGCCCGGUCGUGCUGAGCUAUUGCAGAAAGGGUUCAGAGACACAACCGUAGCAUCUCACGUAACCAAAACCACCCACCUCUCAUGCCAGCUUCUCCUGCCGCCUUAGUUGUGAGCUCUCUGCAGCCCAAAGGUUUUGUUCUGGUGUUUUUUUUGGUGUUUCCUUUUUUUUUUUAAAAAAAAACCCCUCUUUUCCAUGAAGUCUGUGCUUGAAUAUUUCCACUUGGUUAAGCUGAAAUCCUGUCCUGUGGGCAGCACCCUGCCAGGGAGCCAGCCACCCUUCCCGGGACGGCACGUCCUGGCAGGACCUGGAGAGCCGGGCUUAUCUACGACUCGGAGAACUCGCGAAGCCGAGACCAGCGCCGGCUUUCUGCAGCCGUGCGAGCCGGGGAGCGUCAGCGUGCCAGAAGCCUCGCCGGCGCGGGAAUCCUGCCAGCACGGCGCUUGCUGCCCGAGAUGCUCUGGGGCCGGCCCCGCAGCUCAGCAGUGCCAGCACCGAUGGGCUUUGCUGACCAAACCCCUGGUACCUUGGAAGUGGGAGACGCAGCAUAUACAUGGCUCAGCACUGAUAAUAGAGGCAGCCAAAUACACCAGUGCUAAAAACAAAAGUCCUGUGUACAUAACUAAAAAUAUGUAUAAAUAUGAAUAUAUAUUUACAUGUCUUUUUAAAAGGGUUGUUACCAGAGAUAUACCAGUUUGGUAGUAAGGUACUAGUGGCUGGUAGAUAUCAGUUGCUAUAAAAAAAAAAAAGUUCAUAUAUUUUGCUACUUUUGCUGUUUUUAUUUUUUUAAAUUAUGUUCUAAACCUAUUUCAGUUUAGGUCCCUCGAUAAGAAUUGCUGCUGCUGCUUCAGUUUUAUAUGGGGUUGUAUUAAACAAUAAUAAUAAUGUGUCGAUGCCUUUUGGGAAUACGUUGUCAUUACGUGCCUGGCCUUUCCCUGGCCCCUGCGUCCCCCCGCACCCUCCCGGGGCUCUGGCGGGGCUGGGGCCGGGCAUCGCCUGCCAAGUGCCCGCGGCACCAUAUUGGUGCGUGGGGUGCCGGGGCGCAGGCGUGCCCUGUGUUUUAGGCGCUGCCGGUGAGGGGUCGGGACGGUGCCCUGGGGAGGGGGCUGCAGCCCCUGCCCCGGCGGUUGGGCUUCCCUUUGGGAAGGAGCCGGGGGACCUGGGGUCACGCAGGUCCCCAUGCUGGUCCCCCGAAGCAUCGGGACACCGGAGCUGUGCCAUGUGGCACCAACCCCUCCAGCCCAGCUCGGUGCCCGGUCCCAGCCCCGCUGCGCCCUGGCCGGGGGGCUGCACGCCCUGCGCAGCCCCCGUCCCCGGGCGAUGCCCGCCAGUGCCUUACCGGCGCCCGGGGGAGCGUCCUCGUCCGGGGCAUCGUGCCACCCGGCUCUGCCCGUCCGUGCCCGCCGGUCUCCGUCCCGGAGGCGGUUGCGGUGCCCGGCUGCUCGAGCUCUGCUCUGCAGAGCUGGUGCCGGUUUGCUGUGCCCGGGAGGUCGGGGCAUUUCCCCGGCCGGGGGCAGCUCCUCGUCGGGGAAGGGGCCACGUGUGCCCCCCCCCUCCCUCCCUGUCACUGGCAUUGAGACUCCAGAGCCAGGACGCUAUUACUUGAAAAGUUUAUUUUGCCUUUGUAUGGAGAAAUAUUAUUUGUUGUAAACUCUUCUGUAAUGAAUCUGGAAUUCUUGUAAUUAUUAAAGACUUUAACCGAGA